GCCAGUUCAGUCAUUCUGUAUUGGUAAACCGAAAGCUGUGAGCAAACUGUGUGUCUAACGGUCAGAUUUGUUUUGAUUAGAACUGUCAAUCCAGACAUAAAUAAACAAAACUGCGUUAUCUCGCUUCUUAUCUAUACAUAAAAGUCGAGGAGCAUCUUUUGGUAACUUCAGUUUGAAUCGUGUUAGCUAAAUUGAUCACAUCUUCAGCAUCGAACGUUCUCGAAUACUAACGGGAUCUUCUUUCGCCGCCGGCUCAUUGGUAUUGGUGAGCAAUUUCGAAUUUAGGAGAUCUCCAGCAUCUCAGAGUCUGUCAAAAGACUUAAAUCCUUUUGCCGAGGAGUUCUUUAAAUAAAAGUAAACUUAGAUGUUUUCUAUGCCUGUGACUAUUUCUCUCCCGACGAGAGAAAGCUUGAAGUUUUGGAAAAAACGGACAGUUACCAUCACAGAUUACGAUCCUACUUACAAGCUGUUGUACUUGGGAAACAUCUUAACUUCCUAUGCUAAAGGUGAAGGCUGCACAGACAAGCCACUGGCUACCCUGUGGAAAGCAUAUAUGAAAAAUCCCAAAGCUGCAUCAGUGCCAAUGGAACUUACUGUUUGCAAUUCGGGUAUGAAGGCUGUUACUAAAAAUUACGGCGUUUCAGAGUACUGGGCUUACAGAAUAACAUACUGUUGUGCACCACCCGAGUAUCCUGGACUUUUCUGCUGGAUAUACCGGCACGAGCGGCCGAAGAUGAAGCAGGAACUUAGAUGCCAUGCUGCAUUGUGCUUGAAACCAGAACAGGCAAGAGAACUGACUGCACAGCUUAAAGACAGACUAGCUCUAGCUCUUCAAGAAUUUCGGCGGGAGAAAUUAACAAGACAAAAGGCGAGGCUGUCUCUGGCGAACGCUGUGUAUGACUGUCCCUCAAUGCCAAGGCGAAAACUGCUUUUGUAUCGUGGCAGCAUCAACUUCAGACCACCUAUCGAGAUGUCCCAAAUUGCACCCAAACUGACUGUCAUCGACGAGGAUGAUUUGGAAGAUGAGUAUGAGGAUGUGGAAGUCGGAACCCCAACCAGUGACGACGAUUUGUACAUGUGCAACUCGGAGGGAUCUUCUCUAAACUCAUCUUUGUCUUCGUCACCUGAAAACGACACGUACAUGAGGUUGAAAACUCUGAUGUCACGCGAAUCUCUCGGAGAGGACAUUUUCUUGAGGCUCAAAAAGGCGCUGAUGCUCCGUAAUUCUAUUGGAGAAUCUUCCCUCUCAGAUGAAGACCUGUGCUCAGACGAUUCUGGAAGCAAUAGCUCUGAAGACCUUGUUUGCUUAUCUUGAUCUUCAACUCAUGAAUUGACCACCAAUACAUUCUUGAGUUGAGAACUGUAUUAAAACAAACCAUGAACUACUACAAAAAGGCCAAAGUUUUGAAGCAUCAUUGUUGAAGUUUUCCAUUUUACAGAAAGUUUUUCCAUAUUUAUUGGACAUGAACUGUUUGUGAAGUUGGAACAUAUUUUUAAAGCAUCUAGUUUCUGAGGCCCAUUUCCUUCAGUAUUUAACAUUAUGAAACUUGCAAUGAGAAAUUAUAUACGUAAUAACAAAUUAUUUAUAUAAAAAUAUAUUUAGAAAAUUUUAAAUUAAUUCUCUUUAUGAGCUUCAGAAGUAUCCUGGUGGGGAGACUAAAAUCAGAAUCAGUAACAUUAUAGUAAAUCUUUUAAGAAAAUACGAGGCUAUAUCAGAAAUGUAUUGAUUUGUGUAAAAUACAAUUUAUUUAUUUUUAAAUUACACAUACAGUACGAAUUUACUAUUUACUUUUCAAAUGCCAAAUUAAAAAAAAAUAUUGUUACACAUACAAAUAUCUAGUUACUUUUUUAAAUGCUGAAUUUGUUGAAAUGUAAACAUAUCACACACUUCGUUUUAGUACUUUCAAUUCCGCCCGCUGUUGAAAAUUCUACCAAAAAUUGUUAUAAGAAAUACGUUCCUUAAGUGUCUAAUCACUUUGUGGUGCAUAUGUUUUAGACUGCUGUAAAUAAUACUCAUUACUUUUAUGUCUUUCUUAUGAGUACAAAUUUGUGAUUUUGUCUUAAAUUUCUUGCCAUAAGCACAAAAUUAGUUCCUUAGGUACCUUAUGUUUUCCACAAAAAGUGAAAUCUGUUCCUAAGGUCUUUAAUGUUAUCCCCUAAAAUUAAUUUGAGUUCCUAAACCUUUCUUUUAGACGUUGUGUUAUGUAAUUUUUCUAUGUAAGUUAUCUGAUAAGUAUUCGUUUAGCAGACGAUUUUAAUUACCGGUUAACUUUUAACAAAUUAAUUUUAUUAUUAAUUAGGAAGUCGUGGUAAGAAUAGUCAGUGCAUUAUAAAUAUUGCAGAGGCAAUCAGUGUAUUUAAAACGAAAGUUAAUUUCUUUUAUUUUCAUAUUAAACUGCUUCGUAAAUAAAUUAGGUUUAAAGUUUAAUUCCCUUAUUUUCAUAUUAAACUGUUUCGUAAAUAAAUUAGGCUUAAUUUCAGUAAUUAGUAAUUUACCAAAUACUAGAACCUUAAAAUUGAUUACUUUUUGUUUUAAGAUAAGUUAGUUAUUCAUUAUUUUUUUAAUUAAUUGUAACGUAAAUUGUCCGUAGCUGUAGUAAAGUGAAAUGGUGCGAAUUAUAAAUGUUUUAUUAUUUCGUAUUUUUACAUAUAAUGUCUGUAGAAUUAAUUCUAUUCUGUCUAGAGUUUAUACGAUUUCAUAUAGAAUAUUUUUAAAAUCUUUAUCCUCAACAUUGUGCUUCCUCAUUGUGCCAGAUAGUUAAGACAAUGUACAUACUUCCUGUACGUGCCAGUAUCUAGAAAAAUAAAUCUCAAACAAUGCCUAUACUUCCAGAUUGCUUUAUAGAGUUAGAUAAGAGUUAAGUACUUUCAGAAUAAAAUAUAAUUGUGAUUAUCAAUUUGUAAAUAUACUGUAAAGAAAUGUUUAAUAAAUGAAGAAGAAAAAACAUUUGAAUAUUUUCGUUUGUUGUUCCAGCUUUAGACUUUAACUACCUCUAAUUAGAGAAAUAUUCGGCGUGACUUAUAUAUUAAGUUUGUAGUGGUCUGCGAAUUAUGUAGUCUCCCGUAUUCCUAGUCCCGUUGGAAAAGCCAUUGUGACUUUAAUUUAUUUAAAGAGAUCUGUUAUAUUUGUGUUGUGAACAUUUAUGUUUCAUAUGUGUAAAUAUGUACAGAUUUUAAGCAUGUUGAAAAUUAUGUAAAUAGUAUGAUUGUUUGCUUUAAUAAAAAGUUUUGUUUUAGUUUUAGAA